AUGAUAUUCGUUAUGAAGCCGAUGCUUAAGGUGGACCACAUGGCCCUGAUAAUGGAUGGGAACAGAAGGUACGCAAAGAAUCUCAACUUGCAACAAUCCCAGGGACAUCUAAACGGCUUCAAUAAACUCCUAGAAAUACUGGAGUUUAGUAGCCUGGUUGGAUUGAAGGUGAUAACGAUAUUUGCCUUCUCUCUGUUAAACUUUAGCAGGACUCGGAAGGAAAUCUCAGACCUACUCAAUCUUUUUGUUGACCCUUCAGGCCCUAAAUCUCAACUUGAGGAAUUGUGUGAAAGAAUAGGAUGUCGAAUAAGGUUUUGUGGUGAUUUCUCAUUUUUAGGCCAAGAUAUAAAACAGAUUUUAAACGAUGUUCAGUCGAAAACUAAUCAUUACAACAAGAUGACGUUAAACUUGUGUGCCUCAUACGGCGGUAGAAAUGAAAUUAUCAACGCUCUAAACAAAAUUAACCCAAAAAAUGAUACUAAUUCCAGUGAUUUUAAGAGUCUAAAAGAGCAAUAUUAUAGAAAUUUAUACACUGGUGAUUUCACACCUCCAAAUCUACUCAUUAGAACUUCCGGUGAAUCAAGAUUAUCUGAUUUUCUCAUCUACCAAGUACCUUAA